GUGUGUGGAAGCACAGUGAGGUGUGAAGAGCUCAGUGUGUGUAAACGGAGUGUUAAUGCUGCUCAGAGAGAAACGCGACACCCCUGAAGACUGAAGCGGCCAGCGCCACUCCGCCACGAUGAUAAAAGAGUGUCUGCAGUUCCUCAUCGAACCAGCCAAGAACCUGAAGAUCCGUCUGAAGGAGUCUCGCAGGCGGGUGCAGAUCGAAAGGCGGGAGCCGCUGACGGAGAGCCAGCUGUUCAUCAUGGAGCUGGCCAGAGAGCUCACCUGGAUCUGCCAGAGGUCAGAUGUUCUGGCCCAUAUCUGGACUGGUGAAGAUAUCUGGCCCCCAGGUGUGUGUAAGGAGUUCAUAGUGGAGACAGCGUCCAUUCUGGAGAUGAAGGAGAAGUCGGAGAGGCCGCUGCUGACCCGCUCAGGUCCGAGUGUGGAGAAGCAGGACUGGAGGGAGCGUCUGCUGUGCAUUCUAGAGGGAGAGGAGAACGACCUCAGCGACUCAAAGAGAACCAUCAUGGACUGGACGCACAGCCAGAGGAACCUGCACCCGCAUGGUAUCUGGUCAGGCGAGCCUGUGCUGCUGAUGCUGGACGAUCUGGAGCUGCAGUGGAAGAGGGGUCGACUGCGCCACCUGCAGGCCGCCAUGGAGCUGCUGAUAUGGGUUGCACUGGGAGAACAUCUGGACAAGGAGCUCGUUCCGAGGCUGUGGCUCGUUCAGAAGCAGAAGAGCCAGAACGUCGGUGCUACUCGUUACAUUCCACACACAGUGUGGAACUGGAUUUGCCACGCUGCAGUGGAGGUGACCCUCGACCCCGACACGGCUCACCCAGCCCUGCUGGUCUCGGACGACGGGAAGAGGAUGCGCUGCAUUCCGGAUGUGCUGGACGUCCCGCGGCGUCGCCAGCGUUUCGACGGCUGGCUCUGCGCUGUGGGCACUGAGGGUUUCUCCUGCGGGAGGCGCUACUGGGAGGUGGAAGUGGGCGACCGAGACUGGAGACUUGGAGUGGCCAGAGAAUCGGCCUUGAGGAGAGGAUACGGCUCCCUGAACACGCACAGCGGCUACUACACUCUGAGGCUGGAGAGAGGGACCGAGCUGAAGGCCUUGACCGUACCGGUCACUCCGCUGACCGCUGCGCCGAUGCCCAGGUGGGUAGGCGUGUACCUGGACUACGAGGAAGGUCAGCUGUCCUUCUAUGACAUCCAGAGGCGGAGUCACAUCUACACGUUCUGCGAAAGGUUCACCGAAACGCUUUUCCCCGUCUUCGGCACGGCGGAGAUGGUCAGAGACAUGGUGGUCAGACCGGCCGGCCUACGGUGGCCCUGCUUCUGUAACGGACCCUGCUUGUUCGGCUGACUUAAACACAAACAUGCGUAAAUCCACUAUAGUCCUCCUUUCUGAUGAUCUCAGCUGAAAGUCGUCAUUUUGCUCAGUAGAUAAUGUGGAAAACUAGGCUUGAAUCUUCAGCAGCACUGAUUCAGCAUAGCAGGACGUUAUAACACCCUUACAACACCCUUAUUAAGCCUUAAUACACUGGUAAUUAAGUGGCUGUUCAUACUGCAACAAUGAUA